AUGGAGCCGUUGUCCGAAUCGAUGUUUGAGCGAGAUUUUUCGAAAACCGUGAGGAGGCUGAUCCCGGAACAGACGCAGGAUAAGAUUGCCAUGUUUCUCUUCGUCUUCCUCCUACCCGCAAUAUUCUUUGGCGUUUUCUUUAUGGUACUUCCUACUUGGUAUCCGGUGUAUGGAGAAGCUUGGAUGCUUCGUGUGGUGCCGAUACUUUUCCUACUAGCCAGUAUGUACUUUAAUUGGGUUCAGAUGAUUCGUGUUGGGCCAAAUGGCAUCAACACUGCCCUUCCGAUGACAUAUCAAGCCGGGUUUGUCUUCUGUCAUCAUUGUAAAAUGAAUGCGCCCCCACGAUCACAUCACUGUCCAGUUUGUGAUGUUUGCAUAUUCCGACGUGAUCAUCACUGUUCAUUUGCCGCCGUUUGUGUCGGGCAUCACAAUCAGAAAUAUUUCUGCGCGGCUAUUGUUCAGCUUUUCCUAGCCGUAUUUCCGGCAUUCGCAUGGACCUGGGUGUGGAUGUGGAGUGAAUUGGGCCCUGCUCAUCUUGGCCGCUUCUGGCAUUUGGUCAUGCCCCAUGUUGCACUGGCCCUCAGAUUCGUAUCCGUACGCGAAUUCUCAUACAUCGGAAUGUGUGGCCUGGUCUUCACUGUCUUGCUCUUCAACUCAUAUCUAAUUUCUGCGCAGAUCUUUUGUUUCUGGAGGGGGCAGACAAGGGUCGAAUACCUUCAGGACAUCAGCGCUUACAACCUGGGUUUCAUGGAAAACAUUCGUCAGAGUCUUGGCUCAAGAUGGUACCUCCUCGGACUUUUCCCCUGGAUCCCCUCCCCACUCGAAAGCAAUGGCUUGAGCUACAAAACAAGGCCCGCCGCAAAAUUCUCCCAUUCCGCGAAAGAAAUG